AUAUGUAGCAUUAAGAUUUAGUUCUACGAUGCAAAAAGAACCUCAUGUUGAAUGUUAUUGUUGACAACAUAGUCUGAAGUCUCUUGUAAACCACUCCCCCUAAGAUGUUAAAGAGUUGUAUUGCUUUAGCACCGUCAGAGCCAGUACCUGCCUGUGAGUGUGAGGUAUUUCUCAGUGUUCCGCAGAGAAACAGAGACAACAAGCCUCCUCUGUGGGACUAAUUUAUGACCCACAGCUGUUGAAGAUGUGGAGGGGAAGUGAGGAUUUAUGACCCGCGGGCUAACAGUGCUUCUGCACGCUGUCAGACCUGCUCUGUGCCUUCCUGUGAACUGACUGGGACAAUAGAAAAACGAGCGUCUCUCUCUCAGCCUUUAAUGAUCACAUCAACAAUGUCUUCACACAGUUCAAGUCCCACGGAGUCUGCUUUGCAUUAAACUGCCCUGAGAGGUUACAUAAGCCUGGGAGAGUCACACGUGCUAAAAUAAGGACGACACACUUAGUGCACUGUAUGUCGUCCUCCUCUGCGGUUUGAGUAUUUCGGGAUGUCCCUCCCUGCGCACUUUAAUGGCAGAGAUUACGCACGAAGGCGACAACAGAGCAGAAUGGAGCAGCGGAGAGUUUUCUUCUUCAUCUAACUGCCCACAACAAAAGUGGGCCGGGCCUGUGACAAAGACUCUGCAAUCUGAUACGACCCUGAGUGUUUUUUUUUUCUCUCUCCUCCAUGUGGCUCGAAAGUGAAAAGCUUAGAGGGCUGAUACCGCACACGACAAAACCCUGCGAGUAAACGAAGGGGGCGUUUAUCGACAAAGCCUGCAGCGCGCUGUGUGCCUUUACGCGCGGCACAAACACACGCAUCAGGAUGGCAGGAGUGGAGGAAACGAUGCGCGCGGCUGUGCCGUCCUGGUCCGGCGGGAUGGCGCGGGAGAUCGUGUACCGACGAACUAACUACAUUCACGAAAUGAGCUGCGGAGAAGUGGGCUCGCAUCUGUACAGCCGAAUGUGCUGCGCAGAUGAACGGGACCGAGUCCAGAAAAAGACCUUCACAAAAUGGGUCAACAAGCACCUGAUGAAGCACUGGAAGGCAGAGGCCCAGAGACACAUCACGGACCUGUACGAGGACCUCCGAGAUGGACACAACCUCAUCUCUCUGCUGGAGGUGCUCUCUGGAGAGACACUGCCGCGGGAGAAAGGGCGGAUGCGCUUCCACAAGCUGCAGAACGUACAGAUCGCCCUGGACUUCCUCAAACACAGACAGGUGAAACUUGUCAACAUCAGAAACGAUGACAUUGCAGAUGGAAACCCUAAGCUGACCCUUGGCCUGAUAUGGACCAUCAUCCUGCACUUCCAGAUCUCAGACAUUCAGGUCAACGGCCAAUCGGACGACAUGACGGCCAAAGAGAAGUUGCUGCUGUGGUCCCAGAGGAUGGUGGAGGGAUACCAGGGUCUGCGCUGCGACAACUUCACCACCGGCUGGAGGGACGGGAAGCUUUUUAACGCCAUCCUACACAAACACAGGCCCUCUCUCAUCGACAUGGCCCAGGUGUACCGACAGAGCAACCAGGAGAACCUGGAGCAGGCCUUCAGCGUGGCAGAGAGGGACCUGGGUGUCACCAGGCUGCUGGACCCCGAGGAUGUGGAUGUACCCCAUCCAGAUGAGAAGUCCAUCAUCACAUAUGUCUCCUCUCUGUACGAUGCCAUGCCCAGGGUACCAGACAUUCAGGACGGAGUCAGAGCCAAUGAGCUGGAGCUGCGUUGGCAGGAGUACUACGAGCUGGUCACCAUGCUGCUGCAGUGGAUCAGACACCACAUCCUCGUCUUUGAGGAGAGGAAGUUCCCCACCAGCUACGAGGAGAUCGAGGUUCUUUGGCGUCAGUUUCUGAAGUUUAAGGAAACAGAGCUUCCUGCAAAAGAGUCGGACAAGAACCGCUCCAAACACAUCUUCAAGUCUUUUGAGGGUGCAGUUCAGGCAGGGCAUGUCAAAGUGCCGCCGGGUUACCACCCGCUCGAUGUAGAGAAGGAGUGGGGUCGUCUUCAUGUUGCCAUCCUGGAGCGAGAGCGUCUCCUCAGGACGGAGUUUGAGAGACUGGAGCGACUUCAGAGGGUCGUCAGCAAGGUCCAGAUGGAGUCCGGGGUGUGUGAGGAGCAGCUCAACCAGGUGGAGACUCUGCUGCAGACGGACGUGAGGAUGAUGAGCGCAGGUAAACCGGCCCAGCACACAGCAGAGAUGGAGGCUGACCUGGAAAAAGCCGAAGGAAUGAUUCGCCUCCUUUUCAACGAUGUGCAGCUGCUCAAAGAUGGACGCCACCUUCAAGCUGAGCAGAUGUAUCGCAGAGUGUAUCGUCUCCAUGAGAGGCUGGUGAACCUCCGCAGCGAGUACAACCUGCGCCUCAAGUCCGGCGUGACCACCACGCAGAUCCCCAUGACUCAGAUCCACACCGCCCAGGUCCAGGUCCUGCAGCAGGCCCCCAUGAGGGUGCGGCCCGAGCUCGACGAUGUCACCAUGCGCUACAUGCACGAUCUGCUGGGCUGGGUGGAGGAGAACCAGCGGCGGGUGGACGACGGGGAGUGGGGAACCGACCUGCCCACCGUGGAGUCCCAGCUGGGCAGCCACCGCGGCCUGCACCAGUCUGUGGAGGAGUUCCGCUCCAAGAUCGAGAGGGCGAAGGCGGACGAGAGUCAGAUCUCACCCGGCAGUAGAGCUGCAUACCGCGACUACCUGGGAAAACUGGAGCUGCAGUACGGCAAGCUGCUGAACUCCUCUAAGGCUCGCCUGCGUCACCUGGUAGAGCUUCACGCCUUCGUUGUUGCAGCCACCAAAGAGCUGAUGUGGCUGAACGAGAAAGAGGAGGAGGAGGUCAACUACGACUGGAGUGACAAAAACACCAACAUGGCUGCCAAGAAAGAGAACUACUCGGGUUUGAUGAGAGAUUUGGAGCUCAGGGAGCAGAAGAUGAACGGCGUCCAGACCACAGGAGACAAACUGCUGCGGGACGGACACCCUGCCAGGAAGACCAUAGAGUCCUUCACUGCAGCUCUGCAGACUCAGUGGAGUUGGAUCCUCCAGCUGUGCUGCUGCAUCGAAACCCACCUGAAAGAGAACACCGCCCACUUCCAGUUUUUCUCUGACGUGAAGGAGGCGGACGACAGGAUCAGAAAGAUGCAGGACACAAUGAAGAGGAAGUACACCUGCGACCGCUCCAUCACAGUCACACGGCUGGAAGAUCUCCUGCAGGAUGCAGCUGAUGAGAAAGAGCAACUGAAUGAGUUUAAAACUCACGUGGAAGGCCUGAAGCGACGAGCCAAGACCAUCGUCCAGCUCAAACCUCGAAACCCUGCUACGGCAAUAAAGGGCAAACAGCCCGUCCAGGCCGUCUGUGACUUCAAACAGAUGGAGAUCACAGUCCACAGAGGAGACGAGUGCGCUCUGCUGAACAACUCGCAGCCCUUCAAGUGGAGGGUGCUGAACGAUAAAGGCAGCGAGUCCACUGUACCGUCUAUCUGCUUCCUGGUUCCCCCCACCAACAAGGACGCUGUCAACAGUGUUGCUGGACUCGAUGGAAACCUCCAGAGGCUGCAGACCAUGUGGCAGACCAUGUCUGUGGACAUGAGGAGCCUGCUGUCCUGGCAGUACCUGAUGAGAGACAUUCACAUCAUCAAGUCCUGGAACGUCACCAUGUUUAAGACCCUGAGGGUGGAGGAGUACCGUCUGGCACUCAGGAACCUGGAGCUGCACUACCAGGACUUCCUGAGAGACAGCCAGGACUCUGAGAUGUUCGGGGCCGAGGACCGCAUGCAGGUGGAGUCGAACUACAACAGAGCCAACCAGCACUACAGCACCAUGGUCAGCUCUGCAGAACAAGGAUACGAGCCACCCAGGGCAGGGGAGCAGGAUGAGUCCAUGUGCAAGACCUACCUGACUAAGAUCAAGGACCUGCGUCUGAGGCUGGAGAGUUGUGAGAAUCGAACAGUGACUCGCCUUCGCCAGCUUGUUGACAAGGAGCCGCUGAAAGCCUGCGCCCAGAAGACUGCAGAGCAAAUGAAAGUCCAGUCUGAGUUGGAGGGCUUGAAGAAAGACUUGGGCUCUAUCACAGAGAAGACGGAGGAGGUUCUGGCGUCUCCUCAGCAGCUGAGCUCCGCCCCCGUGCUGCGCUCGGAGCUGGACGUCACGCUGAAGAAGAUGGACCACGUCUACGGCCUCUCCUCCGUCUACCUGGACAAGCUGAAGACCAUCGAUGUUGUGAUCAGAAACACUAAAGACGCAGAGGACACGCUGAAGAACUAUGAGAGCCGUCUGAGUGAUGUCAAGAAGGUGCCAGCGACAGAGAAGGAGGUGGAGGAUCAGCGCAGUCAGCUGAAGUCGAUGCAGGCUGAAGCCGAGGCCGACCAGGUGGUGUUUGACCGCCUGCAGGACGAGCUGAAGAAGGCCACGACCAUCAACGACAAGAUGACGAGGAUCCACAGCGAGCGCGACGCCGAGCUGGAGCACUACCGCCUGCUGGUCGGCAGCCUCCUGGAGCGCUGGCAGGCCGUGUUCGCUCAGGUCGACCUCAGGAAGCGGGAGCUCGACCUCCUCGGACGCAACAUGAAGUCGUACAACGGCAGCUACAAGUGGCUGAUCCGCUGGCUCGGGGAGGCGAGGCAGAGGCAGGAGAAGAUUCAGGCCGUGCCCAUCGGUGGCAGCAAGGCUCUCAAGGAGCAGCUGGCAGAGGAGAAGAAACUCCUGGAAGAGAUCGAGGCAAACAAGGACAAGAUUGAAGGUUGCCAGAAAAAUGCAAAGGAUUACAUUGAUUCAGUCAAGGACUAUGAGCUCCAGCUUCUGACUUACAAAGCCCUCCAGGAUCCCAUCGCCUCUCCGAUAAAGAAACCAAAAAUGGAGUGUGCGUCUGAUGACAUCAUUCAGGAGUAUGUAACUCUGAGAACCCGCUACAGUGAGCUGAUGACUCUCACCAGCCAGUACAUCAAGUUCAUCACUGAAACACAGCGCCGCCUGGAGGAGGAAGAGAAAGCUUCUGAGAAACUCAAAGAAGAGGAGAGGAGAAAGAUGGCCGAGAUUCAAGCUGAGCUAGACAAACAGAAGCAGUUGGCUGAGGCUCAGGCCAAAUCUGUGGCCAAAGCAGAACAAGAAGCCGAGGAGCUGAAGAUGAAGAUGAAACAGGAAGCCAGCAAGAGGCAAGAUGUGGCAGGGGAGGCUGAGAAGCAGAAACAGAACAUACAGCAGGAGCUGCACCAGCUGAAGAGUCUGUCCGAGCAGGAGAUCAAGUCCAAGGGUCAGCAGCUGGAGGAGGCUCUGAGCAGUCGAACCAAAAUUGAGGAGGAAAUCCACAUAAUUAGAAUCCAGUUAGAGACGACAAUCAAGCAGAAGUCCACAGCUGAGACUGAGCUUCAGAACCUCAGAGACAGAGCCGCUGAGGCCGAGAAGCUCAGGAAAACUGCUCAGGAGGAGGCAGAGAGGCUUCGCAAGCAAGUGACCGAAGAGACUCAGAAAAAGAAGAAUGCUGAAGACGAGCUGAAGCGUAAAUCUGAGGCGGAAAAAGAAGCGGCCAAACAGAAGCAGAAAGCUCUGGAGGACCUCCAGAAAUUCAAGAUGCAGGCUGAGGAGGCAGAGAGGCGCAUGAAACAGGCUGAGGAGGAGAAACUGAGGCAGAUCAAGGUCGUAGAGGAGGUAGCACAAAAGACGGCUGCCACACAUUUACAAACCACAUCCAUGUCAUUCACCGAGAAGGCAACCAAACUGGAGGAGUCCCUUAAGAAGGAGCAGGGCACGGUGCUUCAGCUGCAGGAGGAGGCAGAGAAACUCAGGAAACAACAGGAGGAAGCCAACAAGGCUCGGGAGCAAGCGGAGAAAGAGCUGGAAACAUGGAGACAGAAAGCCAACGAGGCUCUCCGCUUGAGGCUGCAAGCUGAGGAGGAAGCGCAGAAGAAGAGUCAAACUCAAGAGGAGGCGGAGAGGCAAAAAGUCGAGGCUGAGCGGGAUGCCAAGAAACGGGCUAAAGCUGAGGACGCUGCUCUGAAACAGAAGGAGAAUGCAGAGAAAGAGUUGGAAAAUCAGAGGAAGUUUGCAGAACAAAUAGCCCAGCAAAAGCUGUCUGCAGAGCAGGAAUGCAUCAGACUGAAGUCUGACUUUGAACACGCUGAACAGCAGAGAGGCCUGUUGGAUAAUGAGCUCCAGAGACUGAAGAAAGAGGUGAGCGACACAGAAAAGCAGAGGAAACAACUGGAGGGGGAGCUAGCCAAAGUCAGAAGUGAGAUGGACUCUCUUCUACAGAUGAAGAUUCAUGCUGAGAAGCAGACGCUGUCAAACACAGAGAAGAGCAAGCAGCUUCUCGAGUCUGAGGCGUCAAAAAUGAAACAGCUUGCAGAGGAAGCCGCUAGACUGAGAUCAGUUUCCGAAGAGGCAAAGAAGCAGAGGCAGAUCGCAGAGGACGAGGCGGCUCGGCAGAGAGCCGAGGCUGAGAAGAUACUCAAGGAGAAGCUGGCUGCCAUCAACGAGGCGACUCGUCUGAAGACCGAAGCUGAGAUCGCUCUGAAAGCUAAAGAAGCAGAAAAUGAAAGACUGAAAAGAAAAGCGGAGGAAGAAGCUUAUCAGAGGAAGCUGCUGGAGGAUCAAGCCGCUCAGCAUAAACACGACAUUCAAGAGAAAAUCACACACCUGAAGAGCUCAUCUGACACCGAGCUAGUGAGGCAAAAAACAAUUGUGGAAGAAACCCUGAAGCAAAAAAAGGUGGUUGAAGAAGAAAUCCACAUCAUUAGGAUCAGCUUUGAGAAAGCAUCAAAAGAAAAGUCCAAUUUGGAGGCUGAAUUGAAGAAGCUGAAGGGUAUCGCAGAUGAGACGCAGAAGAGCAAACUCAAAGCUGAAGAGGAGGCGGAGAAACUGAGGAAGCUCGCUGCUGAGGAGGAAAAGAAAAGGAAAGAAUCCGAGGAGAAGGUGAAGAGGAUUACUGCAGCCGAAGAAGAGGCCGCUCGGCAAUGCAAAGCUGCCAAGGAGGAAGUGGAGCGUCUCAAAAAGAAAGCAGAGGAAGCUAAUAAACAGAAGGAAAAGGCUGCAAAAGAUGCAGAUAAGCAGGUCAUAUUGGCGAAAGAGGCAGCGCAGAAAUGCAGUGCAGCUGAGCAGAAAGCCCAGGACGUUCUCAGCAAGAAUAAAGACGACGCCCUUGCUCAGGAAAAACUGAAAGGUGAGUUUGAAAAUGCUAAGAAACUUGCCCAAGCCGCUGAGAAAGCCAAACAGAAAGCAGAGAAGGAGGCUGCCCUGCUCCGUCAAAAAGCUGAGGAGGCUGAAAAACAGAAAAAAGCUGCAGAGGAGGAAGCUGCCAAACAGGCCAAAGCUCAAGGAGAUGCAGAGAAACUGAGGAAAGAAGCAGAGGCCGAGGCCUCCAAGCGAGCAGCGGCUGAAGCAGCGGCUCUGAAGGCCAAGCAGCAAGCCGAUUCAGAGAUGGCCAAACACAAAAAAGAAGCAGAACAAGCUCUGAAGCAGAAGUCUCAGGUGGAGAAAGAACUUACAGGGGUUAAACUGAAGCUGGAUGAGACCAACAAGCAGAAAGUCGUGUUGGAUGAGGAGCUCCAGAGAGUCAAAGGUGAAGUUAAUGAUGCUGUCAAGCAAAAGGCCCAGGUGGAGGAUGAACUGUCCAAGGUUAAGAAGCAGAUGGACGAGCUCCUGAAACUCAAGCUGAAGAUUGAGGAAGAAAACCAACGUCUCAUGAAGAAAGAUAAAGAUAAUACACAGAAACUACUCAAAGAGGAAGCAGAGAAAAUGAAGAGCCUGGCGGAGGAUGCUGCGAGACUAAGUGUGGAAGCAGAGGAAGCAGCGAGACAGAGACAGGUCGCUGAGUCCGACUUAACAGAACAGAGGGCUCUUGCAGAGAAAAUGCUAAAGGAGAAAAUGCAGGCGAUCCAGGAGGCUACAAAACUGAAAGCCGAGGCACAGGAGCUCCAGAAACAGAAAAACCAGGCACAGGAAAAGGCUAAAAAACUACUAGAGGACAAACAACAGAUCCAGCAGCGCCUUGACAAGGAGACUGACGAUUUCCAAAAAUCAUUGGAGGCCGAGCGCAAGAGGCAAAUGGAGGUUUCAGCAGAGGCAGAGAGACUGAAAUUGAAGGUGAAAGAGCUCAGUGACGCUCAGGCAAAAGCUGAAAAGGAGGCGAAGAAAUUUAAGAACCAAGCUGACGAAGCAAAGGCACGUCUACAAGAGACAGAAAAGCAAAGUGGAGAAGUUGUUGUGCAAAAGUUGGAGACACAGAGGCUGCAGAGCACCAGGGAGGCUGACGGCUUGAAGAACGCCAUCGCUGACCUCGAAAAAGAGAGAGAGAAGUUGAAAAAAGAGGCGGAGGAGCUUCAGAAGAAAUCUAAAGAGAUGGCAAAUGCCCAGCAAGAACAAAUCGAGCAACAGAAGGCCAUUCUUCAGCAGUCCUUCCUCACAGAGAAGGAUGUGUUGUUGAAGAGAGAAAAGGCAGUAGAAGAUGAGAAAAAGAAGCUUCAGAAACAGUUUGAGGAUGAAGUGAAUAAAGCCAAAGCUCUUAAGGAGGAACAAGAACGUCAGCGGAAGCUAUUGGAAGAGGAGAAGAAGAAGCUCCAGGCCAUUAUGGAUGACGCUGUCAAGAAACAAAAGGGUGCUGAGGCAGAGAUGACCAACAAGCAGAAAGAAAUGGAAGUGCUUGAAAAGAAACGGCUUGAACAGGAAAAACUUUUGGGAGAGGAAAAUAAAAAGCUCAGAGAGAAACUUAAGAGUCUUGAGGUCACCUCCAAACAGGCUACUUCCAAAACAAAGGAAAUUGAAGUCCAAACUGAUGACGUUCCUGAAGAGGAGUUAGUUUCUAUGACAAUGGUGGGAACAACAAAGAAAGUUUUCAAUGGAUCUGUCGACGUGGACGGAGCGAAGAAAGAUGGAGAAUCACAUUUAGCAUUUGAAGGUAUAAGGGAGAAAGUCCCUGCUGAAAGGCUGCUUGACGUUGGUGUCCUGACCAAAAAGGAGUUUGACAAAUUGAAAAAGGGAAAAACCUCGGUUCAAGACCUCGGAAAGACUGAUAAAGUUAAAUCAUGUCUUAAGGGUCAAAACACGAUUGGAGGCGUCUUGACUCCAUCCAAAGAGAAAAAGAGUGUCUAUCAGGCCAUGAAAGAGAAAAUGAUCACACCUAACACUGCCUCGAUGCUGCUGGAGGCUCAAGCUGCUUCUGGUUACAUUGUAGAUCCAGUGAAAAAUAAGCUUCUCUCUGUAGAUGAUGCUGUCAAAGAUGAGCUAAUCGGCCCUGAGCUUCACGAUAAAAUGCUCUCUGCAGAGCGAGCCGCCACAGGCUUCAAAGAUCCCUAUACUGGAGCUAAAAUCUCUCUCUUUGAGGCCAUGAAGAAGGGACUUAUUGAAAGGGAGCAGGCCACAAAAUACCUAGAUGUACAGCUUGCAACUGGCGGUAUCAUCGAUCCCAUCAAUAGUCACAGAGUGCCACUUCAGACCGCCUACAAACAGGGUCAGUUUGAUGCAGACAUGAACAAGAAGCUAAGUGAUCCCAGUGACGAUUGCAAGUUAUUCAUUGACCCCAGCACUCAGGAGCAACUCACUUACAAACAGCUCCUGGAGAAAUGCACCAAAGAUGCAGAGACAGGAAUGCUGAUUUUACCAGUGUCAGAGAAAGCUGCUGAAAGUGAGACAACAUACACAGACCAGGAGACUAAAGAGAUGUUAAGUAUGUCAAACGUCAGUGUGCCUUUUGGAAGGUUCAAGGGCAAAACUGUCACCAUUUGGGAAGUCAUAAACUCUGAAUACUUCACUGACGAGCAAAGAAGAGAACUGAUUCGCCAGUACAAGACAGGCAAAAUCACAGUAGAGAAGAUUAUUAAGAUCGUCAUCACUGUUGUUGAAGACAAGGAGAAGAAUAAUGGAAAUGUGUUCAGUGGUUUGAGGGCUCCUGUCUCUGCUAGUGAACUGUUGGAAUCCAAGAUUAUCAACAAAGACUUGUUUAAUAAGUUGAGUAAUGGCAAGAUAACAGUUAAAGAGAUCUCUGAGAUGGAGCCUGUGAAGAAGGCACUACAUGGAACACCCAGCAUUGCUGGACUGUUGAAUGAACCCACCAAGGAGAAAAUGCCUUUCUAUCAAGCUCUGAAGAAAGAAUUACUGUCUCCAGAAACUGUGGCAAAUCUUCUUGAAGCUCAAGCAGCAACUGGGUUUGUAAUCGAUCCGGUCAAAAAUGAGAGAGUCCCUGUUGAUGAAGCUGUUAAGUCUGGUCUGGUGGGACCAGAACUGCACGAACGACUCCUGUCAGCGGAGAGAGCUGUUAGUGGCUACAAAGAUCCAUAUACUGGUAAAAACGUGUCCCUGUUUGAGGCCUUGAACAAAGGCCUUAUCAAGAAAGACCAUGGCGUUCGUCUGCUUGAGGCACAGCUCUCGACAGGUGGAAUCAUUGACCCUGUUAAAAGCUAUCGUAUCCCACACGAGGUUGCCUGUAAGCGUGGAUAUUUUGAUGAGGAAAUGAGCAAGACCCUGAACACCAACACGGAUGAAACAAAGGUCUUUUAUGAUCCUAACUCACAAGAAGAUUCAACUUAUGCCCAGCUCAUGAAAAAAUGUGUCACCGACAAAGAAACCGGACUCCCAUUGCUUCCUCUUACAAAGAAGGCUGCAAAGCCAAAAGAAGAGAAACAAAUUACAGAGGCUAAAACAAAAGAGGCUUUGAACCAGACAACUAUGGAGCUUGACUAUGGCCCUUUCAAAGGAAGAAAAGUCACAAUUUGGGAAAUCAUACACUCUGAAUACAUCACUGAGGAGCAGAGAAUAGAGCUUAUUCGCCGGUAUAGAAUGGGACAGGUGACGAUUGAGAAGUUGAUCAAGAUUGUGAUUACAAUGGUUGAGGAUAAAGAGGAGGAAGCAAAAGAAGAGGCCUGUUUUGAAGGCCUUAGGGCUCCAGUCACAGCCCGCUCUUUGCUUGAUUCCAACAUCAUUGAUAAGGCUACAUUCGAUGAACUGGAACAGGGUAAAAAGACACCUAAAGAGGUUAGUGAAACCGACAAAGUCAAGAAGUACCUGCAGGGAACAGUCCACAUUGAUGGUAUUACUAUGGGAGAUUCAAAAGAGAAGCUUAGCAUAUAUCAAGCAAUGAAAAAGAACAUCCUGCAACAAAACACUGGGCUUGCCCUACUAGAGGCCCAAGCUGGAACUGGUUUCAUAACUGAUCCAGUCAAAAGUCAGAAAUACUCUGUGGAUGAUGCUGUGAAGGAAGGAGUUGUUGGUCCAGAGCUCCAUGAAAAACUUCUUGCAGCCGAAAAAGCAGUGACUGGAUACAGAGAUCCUUAUACUGGCAAUAAGAUUUCUCUGUUCCAAGCCAUGAAGAAAGAGCUUGUUCUCAGAGAGCAUGCCAUCCCCAUCCUGGAGGCUCAGUCUGCCACAGGGGGGAUCAUUGAUCCGACCAGUAGCCAUCGUGUUCCCAAUGAUGUGGCCAUUCAGCGCGGCUAUUUGAGUAAACAAAUGUCCAAAUCCUUCAAUGAACCUUCAGGUGACGUUAAAGGUUUUACCAAUCCCAACACCAAUGAAAAUGUCACUUACAAGCAGUUGGUGGAGAAAUGUGUCAAAGAUCCCAUCUCUGGUCUGUGCUACCUGCCUUUGACAAAGGUGGAAGCCCCUGCUCCUGUUGAAAAAUCCUAUCAGUAUACAGAGGAGCAAGCCCAAACAGAUCUAACCAACACUCAAAUUGAGAUCCCUCAUAAGAACUUUGCAGGAAAGAGUAUGACUAUUUGGGAAGUAAUGAAUUCAAAUAUGCUUCCAGAAGAGGAGAGACGCCGCCUCAUGGAGCAGUUUCGCUUAGGGCAAAUCUCAAAGGACAGAAUGCUCAUCAUCAUUAUUGAAAUCAUUGAACAAAGGGAGACCCUAAAAUCAGAGCAAGGCAUGUCCUGUGAUGUAAUCAGAAGAAGAGUUACUAUUGAUGAGCUGUACAGUGCUCGGAUUAUUGACUUGAACACUUACAACCUCUUGAAACAAGAGAAGAUAACUAUUCGUGAGGUCAUGGAAAGACCAUCAGUGAAGCAGUACCUCUUUGGUACUGGUUGCAUUGCUGGAAUCAUGUCAGACAGCCCCCCAAAGAUCAGCAUUUACCAGGCUAUGAAGAGUGGAAAAAUCAAGCCUGAGGUUGCUCUGAAUCUGCUUGAGGCGCAAGCAGCAACAGGAUUCAUGAUUGACCCAGUGAAAGAUGAACUUCUGACUGUUGAUGAAGCUGUACGCAAGGGGCUUGUCGGCCCAGAACUUCAUGACAAACUGCUCUCUGCUGAAAGGGCAGUUACAGGUUACAAAGAUCCGUACAGUGGGAAAGUGAUUUCUCUCUUCCAGGCAAUGAAAAAAGACCUCAUUCCUGAGGAUUAUGCCUUGGGGCUUUUGGAAGCCCAGAAUGCCACUGGUGGAUUAAUGGAUCCUGAAUACUACUUCCGCCUCCCCACUGAUGUUGCUUUGCAGCGUGGAUACAUCAACAAAGAGACUCUUGACAGAAUAUCUGAACCUACUGCGGAUGUGCGAGGUUACACCGAUCCUACAUCAGAAGACAAACAGUCCUAUGCUCAGCUGCUUAAAAGAUGCAGAGUGGAUAAAGAGAGCGGGCUGCGCCUGCUUUCACUGUCAGACAGAAGACUUCUCUUCAAGGGUCUCAGAAAGCAGAUCACUGCCGAAGAGCUGCUUCGAUCACAGAUUAUUGACCAAAAGACAUACAAUGAACUCACCGAGGGUACCAUCACAGUGGAGGAGGUCAGCAGAGACCUGAAGAAAUUCCUUGAGGGUACCAGCUGUAUUGCUGGUGUGUACGUAGAAUCAAGCAAAGACCGUCUGUCAAUUUACCAAGCGAUGAAGAAGAACAUGAUUAGGCCCGGGACUGCCUUUGAGCUUCUUGAAGCCCAAGCUUCCACAGGGUAUGUGAUUGAUCCUAUUAAAAACCUGAAGCUAAAUGUGGCUGAAGCUGUGAAGUUCGCAGUUGUUGGCCCGGAGUUUAAGGAUAAACUCCUCUCAGCUGAACGAGCUGUCACAGGCUACAAGGACCCUUACUCUGGCAAGGUCAUCUCACUAUUCCAGGCGAUGAAGAAGGGUCUUAUUCUUAAAGACCAUGGCAUUCGCCUGCUAGAGGCUCAGAUUGCUACCGGUGGAAUCAUUGAUCCACAGGAGAGUCAUCGCCUGCCUGUUGAAACAGCAUAUGAACGUGGCCUCUUUGAUGAGGAAAUGAAUGAAAUCCUCACCGACCCAUCAGAUGACACAAAGGGCUUCUUUGACCCUAACACAGAGGAAAAUCUCACCUACCUGCAGCUGAUGGAGAGAUGUAUGACAGACCCAGAAACAGGUCUCGCUCUUCUGCUGCUUAAAGAAAAGAAGCGAGAGAGGAAGACGUCUUCCAAAUCCUCAGUUCGCAAACGUAGAGUCGUCAUUGUUGAUCCAGAGACCGGCAAAGAGAUGUCUGUCUACGAGGCGUACCAGAAAGGCCUUAUAGACCACCAGACUUACAUUGAGCUUUCAGAGCAGGAGUGUGAAUGGGAAGAAAUUACCUUUACCUCCUCUGAUGGAGUUGUGAAAUCCAUGAUCAUUGACAGAAGGUCUGGUCGGCAGUAUGACAUCGAUGACGCCAUCUCAAAAGCCCUUAUUGACAAGUCGGCUCUUGAUCAGUACCGGGCAGGCAACCUAUCCAUCACAGAGUUUGCAGACAUGCUGUCUGGAAACACGAGCGGUGUCAGAUCACGUUCAUCGUCCUUUGGCUCCUCUUCCUCUUACAAUAUGAGCCCAGUACCUUCUAUAAAAACACCAGCAACCACGUGGAACGACCCAACAGAGGAAACUGGUCCUGUGGCUGGCAUCUUAGACACAGAAACACUGGAGAAGGUAUCGGUCACAGAGGCUAUACACAGAAACCUUGUGGACAACAUUACAGGCCAAAGGCUGCUGGAGGCUCAGGCCUGCACGGGAGGGAUCAUCGACCCAAAUACUGGAGAGAAAUUCUCUGUUGCAGAUGCAAUGAACAAAGGUCUCGUGGAUAAAAUCAUGGUGGACCGCAUCAGUCUAGCCCAGAAAGCAUGCAAUGGAUUUGAGGAUCCGAGAACCAAAACUAAAAUGUCAGCAGCCCAAGCUCUAAAGAAAGGCUGGCUGUACUAUGAGGCUGGGCAGAGAUUCCUUGAGGUCCAGUAUCUCACUGGUGGAUUGAUCGAACCAGAUGCCACCAGCAGAGUCUCCAUAGAUGAGGCUGUAAAGAAGGGCACCUUAGAUGCACGCACUGCACAGAAGUUACGGGAUGUUAGUGCAUACUCAAAAUACCUCACAUGCCCUAAAACCAAGUUGAAAAUCUCUUACAAGGACGCCAUGGAAAGAAGCAUGGUAGAGGAGGGGACUGGUCUGCGACUACUUGAAGCGUCAUCUCAAUCCAGCAAAGGCCUCUACAGCCCCUACAGCAUGAGCGGGUCCGGCUCGGCUACUGGGUCAAGGUCUGGCUCAAGAACUGGUUCAAGGUCAGGCUCCAGGAGAGGAAGCUUUGAUGCCACAGGAUCCAGUUUCACAACAACCUUCUCUUCCACUUCGUACGGUUCACCGAGCUACAGCCGCAGAUACUGAUGAGUCUGAAAGGAAUGAUUUCUAAAGGAAGGAUACACUACAAAACCACAGUGUUCACCAGAUGCCUAAUUCUCAGUGGAAUAAGGGCUACCUUUAUUCUGCUCUGCAUGUGGUUGUUACAGGUCUUUUAAUAUUUAAUUUUUUACAAGUUGAAUAUUUGUUUAUAGUAUAUUUCACUUUUCUUUUAGUUGUUUAUGCUUCCUCCUGAAAACUGUACUGUACCAAGCUUAUGCAAUAGCUGUUGAUUACUUCUAGUGUCUAUUGCAGAAGUUGUUCUUUCUCUUUUUCUUUGUUUAAAAAGUAUAUCAUAAGAAUUUACCAUUCAACAAACAAGAUUUUUAUUUAAAAUAUUGUGUAUUACACAAUAACCAAAACCAUUCAUUACCAAUAACCUGAUUGUCAAGAGGAACCAAAUUGUUGUUGUACAAACAGAAAUCUUUGUACAUGUGUAUAUUUCUGAAAAGUUUUUAAAAAAGAUAGCUGAAAAGAGAUAAAUACAACUCUGCAGAGCAGAAUAAGGAGUCCUCCGAAUAUGAAUAAACACUAAAAGUGUCAGCUUUAAUAAUGCCAAGCUUCAAGAUCUUUUCUCUCCUGGGCUACACUGCCAAUGUCUACUCCAUCCCCAAUCUUCAUUCAACCUGGAAAUACAACAACACGAAAACUUCAUGAAAUGGAGCUCAAAAAGCGAGAUCCCUCACCGGGCAGAUUCAUCCAGCCUGUUAUGACCAGUCAAACCUUAAAACAUCAAACCUCAAAACCAACAUAAACAAGUCCCUGCUUUUCUUCACACCUCAAAAGAUAUUGUCUACAGGCCAAGUCUUCUCCAGUGCUCUCCUCAGAUGUCUUCCAACGGCCUGUGGCAUCAAUAUGAACUCCACUGUAAUCAAUGAUUUUAUGCAACAGUACAGUAACACACUUGCUCAUACACGACUAUGUUUCAUCAGAUUCCUUUAACAGUGAAUCAUUUUUAAACUUGUAUCUAAUCUUGAACUCAUUUAAAGGCCUAAACCGUGCUUUGUAAGUGCCUGCAAUAUACUCUUGAACCCUUCAGUGGUGUGUUGAGUAUUAAUAGAUGGUGCAGUGGUUACACUGUGACCACACUGAUGCAUGAGCAAUGCUAACCAUAAUGGUAUGAGUACUGUGUUAUCAGGUAAGCCUUUGUACAGCGACUGUACGUCACAAUCGAACUUUAAAACAAUAACUGUAAAAGCAUUUCAGAGUCUACAGUGUGGUAGUCACACAGGGCUAAAGUGAUCGGUCUGAAUGUUUAAUAGUUAAGAUUGAUGUUAGAUGAACAUUUUCCCUACACAGAUAAUAAUGUAUGUACUGUACAUUGAUAACUAUAUGAAGCACUAAUGCUAAAAGCCAUGAAUUAACAUUUCUUUGAGAGAGAUCUUUAAGCUUUGCCACCAGACCCAGUAUUUGUAUUUUUCACGACAUAUACUUGUUUUAAUUUACGAUUCUACUUUAUAAAGCAACACUUGCAAUCUAUAUCACUUUAUUUUCAUACUCUAUAUCCUUGCUUUGCAUGAUUUACUAACAUUUAAAAGGUGCGGAAAUGAAAUAUUGUAUCCAUUAAAGCAUUUGUUUUCCUAUUGCGUUUGAAAAGGUUUGAAGGAUGUAUUUUAAUGAGGGUUGCCAAGCCUUGGUUAAAAUGGUGUAUUUAUAAUAAAAGGGUGACAAGGAAUUUUAUUGCAACACCUUACGCUAUGUAAAUAAACAUGGAAAUAAAAUAUUCACUCUCAA